GCUGUGCUGAAUGCCGUAAACGAUGGGUGUAAAGUAACACACUACUCCCACUGGACUUUAAUCGAUAACUUUGAGUGGAAUAGGGGCUUUACCGAAAAGUUUGGUCUCUAUUACUUGAACAUGACAAGCAAAAACAAAGAGCGUGUUGCCAAAAAUUCAGCCCCUUAUUACAGGAGUGUCAUUGAAAGUCGGAAAGUAUCAUCAAGCGACAAUUUCGUAUAAAAAGCUGGUGCAAGUUGAACAAUAAACUUACAAAGGUACUCACAAAUAAGCAUACAUGUCAAUGUUAUGAAAGUGGCUUUUGUGAUUUGAUUAUAAAUAUAUAUGUACGUGCAUUAAAUAAAUAAAUUGCUUAAAGUUGAAAUUAAUGUAGUGGGUGUCUUGAAAUAUAUGUGUCUGUGAAACUAACACAUAAACACCGUGCAACUUAUAAACAUUUACAUAAGAAAAGGGUGAACGAUCACACAAACACAUUAGUUUCGGUUAGAAUCGACAAUGGGCCCUUAAGAAACUCAUAGAAACUUUAACAUAAAUCUUUGGUAGCGCUGUUGGGUAAUUAACCGGUGAUUUAACCGAUAGAUGACUUGCAGGGUAAUUGAGAUGUAGCUAUGGUAAUGUGGAAGAAUGUUUCUCUCUGCUAAAUGAAGUUACACAACAUUGAAUCGCAACAGUUUAAAUUCAAAUAAUCGUACCGUAAAAGUCUAAUUCUACGUUGACGUUUGUCAAGUAGAAAAAAAAGUUGAAGAAGUACAAUCGUGGCUUACGAGAACAGAGCUGUGGUACAGUACGAAACGAAGUAAUUAUCGAUCGUGAUAGUUUAAUGAAUGCAACACUAAUUUAAAUUAAUAGAUUAAUGCCGCGAUAAAUAAUAACAUGAAAUGAAAGUAAAGUUGAACGAACUAAAUAAAAUUAGCAACACUCUUUUAACAUCUAACAUUUUGAAAAAACUUAUAUGUUAAGCAAGAAUGAGUGAACAGGACCCAGAAAUGACAAAUUUCCAAGUGGACCAGCGGUCAAAUUUUAUCUCUUUAAUAUUACUGGAUGCGUUGGAGGAUGGAAACGAAAGUGAUAUAUACACCAUAAUAGCUAAAAAUAAAGUAAAUGCAAGUUAUGUUCCUAUUGAACGCGGUAUAUCACCCCUUCAUUAUGCAUGUGGGAUGGAAAAUGCGGCAAUUGCUUUGGAUAUUAUAAAAAUAUUUCUCAAAGGUGGCGCGGACGCCAAUGUUCGGUCAAAUGAAAAUAUGACACCAUUGCAUGUUGCUGCGAUUUUUGGCCGUGUAGAUAUAGUCAAUUUACUUUUGAAAUAUGGUGCUCGACAUGAUUUACUGGACGAUGAACGAAAAACACCAAUACAUUACGCUAUCGAAGAGUGCCAUUUUGAUGUAUUGGAGGCAAUCAGAGAUCAUAUUUUUCAAUAUAAAUAUGAACUCGUACGUAAAAGAUCCGCAGAAUAUGUUUCUAAUAAUGGCAAUUUUUCAACCAGAGAAGAAUCAAAUAAACAAGAAGAAAAAGAUUCCAAUGUGACACCUAUUAACAGAAUGCUUUCUAAUGUUCGUAAUAAUGAUUCAGGGAACCCUGAUACACCAAACAAUAAAUACACACCGAACCGAGUACACUACAAUUAUGAUGUGACAUCUCCGUAUUAUAUAAAUAUAACUCAUCGUCGACACCGACCACAACCAAUAUUUCCGCCUAUUGGAUCUCCACCAGACUCUAAGAAUAAAUCACAUAGUUUCGAGAAGUUAGAAAUGCUAGACUCAAAGACUAAAGAAGAUACAGCAAAGGAAUCAACUGACACACAAUCUUCUGUUAAUGUAUUUCAUCUCACUGAGAAAAAUUUAAGGGAUCUUUCAAAGACAUCUAAUUUAGAUCGCUCCUGUAUUUCAAUGAUCGAAGCAUGGCGGAAGAAAGUUGAGUGCUCACGUGCUAAAAGGUCAAUAUUGAGGUGUUACUCAGAUGUAGAUGAAAUGGUAGACGAAGUAAUGAAAAGUGAUCACCUGAACUUCACUAACAUCAUUUUACAAGAAAAUCCAAAAACAGUUUCUGAAGAGAGUGAAUCCGAAACAAAUCCGAUUAUGAUCUCAAAUCUGUCUUUGGGAGCUAUAAUACAAAAAGCUGCCCAGGCCCAUGUAUUAGAUCAAGAAGAACAAGUACCAGAUCCUGAUAGUAGUUAUCAUACAGUGCUCCCCAUAGAUGAGGAUGAGCUCAGUGAAAGUAUGAAGCAACAACCUUCGAAAAAAACACCAAAGAAAUAUUUAAAGGAAAAAUCUGACAAAAAUCCAUCAGGAGAUUAUAUAUUACAAAUGGCGGAAGCUUACGUCCAUACGGAUGAUGAGAAUGGACUAGUCUUUUACGAAACUAAACUUCUAAAUAGUCGGAUAGGUGCAACUAAUUGUGAACAACAAAAUUUGGACAGUACUGUAUCGACUAAUGACACACAUAUUUUGGAUUAUGAAACUGAUGAGCUGCGUGCUGAACUGGCUAAUUUUGGCGAUCCUCCUGGUCCAAUAACAAAGAGUACAAAAAGACUUUAUAUAAAAAGACUUAUAAAAUAUAGAAGAAAUGCUCCGGAACUCGAACAGAUAAAUACAAAUGCACCUAAAAGUGCAAAAUUAUCUGUGGAAUUGCAACGAACCAUACGUUCUCCGGAACAUUUUGCCCUAAUACCAGAGUACCAUAAGUACGAAUGUAAAUCGACUGAAUAUUUUGCUAAUUUACAAAAUAAACAUAAAAUGAGAGAAGGUCAUCUUAAGCAGAGCUUUAUAUAUAUGCUAAUAGAUCCGCGAAUUUCUUGUAACUUGCCGGGAGAAAGCUUGUAUGUCGACAGGCAUAAGGCGUGGCUGCGCUUCCUUGAAUCAGUAUUCUAUGUUGGAAAAGGGAAAACUUCUCGUCCGUACUCCCAUUUAUAUGAAGCUAUGAAGUUACAUUCCCGAGUUCAUAGUCACCAGAAGAUUACAAAUUCCAGAACAGAUAUAGCGCAUUCACAGCGAGAGAAAGUUUCAUCUUUGAAGAAACCAACCGUUUGUCUAGAUAUUUUUAAAGCAAGUGUUCAAAAGCCUUUGGAUAACAAGAAGUUGGAACGAAUUCUGGAUAUUUGGAGGAGUGGUAAAGGUGUGGUGUGCCUUCAUGUUUUUCAUAAUAUAUUGCCUUCGGAAGCUUAUACUCGCGAGGCGGCUAUAAUUGAUGCCUUUGGAAUACAGCAUUUAACAAAUAACAAGCGUGGCGACUACUACGGCCCAGCGCAAACUUGGACCAUGAAGGAGAAAAAAAUGUUUGGGAUAUCUUUAUUAUAUAAAGCAAUGCAAAUAUAUUUAGCAGAAGGUGAAUCACAGUUAUCUCCCAGUGAUCUCAUAUAAAAUAAGAUACAAAAUGCAUGUUUAAAUAAAGUAUGCGAUUGUGAUAUUUUUGUAUAUACGAAAGAAUAUAACUGACGUAGAUUGUACAAAUCUUUAUUCAAUAUAUUUUAUUUCCGAUUACA